ACCUAUCGCAGGCCUUUCAUGCAGCAUCUUCUCACCAUUAUCGUCGCUCGUAUCCUAUGCAUCUGCUGUGUUCUUAGCUUGCAGCGUACACCUGGCCUAUUAAUCAACAACACGUACAAGGUCGUACAUCCCCGCACCAUCACUAGCACCACCUGCGAGACAUAAAGCCAGCCUUUGACUAGGGAACCUUUCGCGUCGACUCUGUUCAUAGCUCUUACUCGACGAAGAACAUUUCGACAUCCUCUGAAGAUGUGUCGUUGGUUUGCAUACAUUUCGCCGACAGAGCCAUGCCUCUUGUCAGAUGUCCUAAUAUCACCUGCGAACAGCAUCAGCAAGCAGUGUUCCGAACACUAUCUUCCUAAACUACUUCCUCACGGCGAUGAGAAAGAACUGGACCACACUUCGGACGAGCUUUUGCGCAUGCGCAACUCGCUGUUGAAUAUGGACGGGCUUGGCAUUGCUUGGUACACAGAAGCAUCAUCGUCAUACAUUAAGCACGUAACCGGUCUCCGUCCAGCACUGUACAAGUCUCAGAGCCCCCCAAUCAACGACUUCAACUUCAAAUCUUUGUGCGAAAACACCGAGACAAAUUGUGUCUUCGCUCAUAUCCGAGCAAGCAGCGGCAGUGUGGUAACCCAAGUGAACUCCCAUCCCUUCGUGUUUGGCCGUCACGUCUUCAUGCACAACGGAGUCAUUUCCAACUUCUCUGCCAUCCGGCGUGACCUGACAGAUCUACUAUCUUUUGAUGCGUACUGCAACAUUUUUGGCUCUACAGAUUCCGAGCACGGUGCAGCCCUCUACAUCACAAACCUGACCAAUCAUGGGGACAAGUCAACGUGGGAAAAAUCAUACCCUCUCAAGGCCAUGUUCACCGCUAUGCGCAAAACCGUUGUGCAGAUCCUCCAACUUCAGCAUGACAGGCUGGGCGCCUCUAACACACCGAAUUCUCUCAACUUCUGUACUACCGAUGGAACGAAACUACUCGCUAUCCGUUUCCGCAACCACGCCACCCAGCAGCCCCCUAGUCUGUACUGGUCCGAGUUUGCAGGGCGUACUUUGAAUACGAAGUACCCAGGAAAUCCGGAUGGUAAGGAGUUAGCCAACGAAGAAGCCGUGUUAGACCAGGACGAGAAGAUUGGCAAGCACACGAUCGUUGCGAGUGAGCCAACCACGUUUGACGAGCAAGAGUGGCACCUUAUCAAAGCCAAUCACGCGUUGCUAGUCGAUGAACAGGGUGGAGAAACAGAGGCUGUGAUUGAGUACGACGGGGUUUUGAACGCUAUUGAUCCGAAAUUCGAUACGAAGAGGCAAACACCCCGAGCGUGAGGCUUUCCCCCUGCUUUCGCCUAACUCGUCCUCAGUUCUCAUGUUGCACUAAUACUUCUUGGCCUUCCCAGAAUUUGUAGUCAAUUUCAGUCACACUCAUCGCAUGUCGUGUCAUUUCGUGACCAUAUGAUCAAACCUACUUCAUAUGGGUCGGUCUCUCACAUUUCAGGGAAAACGGUAGAUACGCACCCAUCAAGGCUCACCAAUUUCAACACAGAACUUGUAGCUCUUAUACCAUUUGAAGCUAUAGCUUAGUCUAGGGUUAGCUAAGUUGUAGACAAGAAAGU